CGGCUCACCAUUGGCUGGCCUUGCGCGAUGGGCGUGGUCUCCUGGAUUGCCCGGUGGUUGUGUCCGGGUAAGAUGGCGUUGGAAGAAGAGUGCUCGGCGCCAACUCGGUGGCGCGCCAUAUCGCUAACACACGUCGAGUUCGCCGAGGAUGACCUGACGGGACACCUGCUGGCCUACGUCAGCCUCCUGCCCAUUGCCAUCCUCGUGGGCUUUGUUACGCUCAUCGUGUUUAAACGGGAGUUGCACACGAUAUCCUUCUUUGGUGGGCUCACCCUCAACGAGGGCGUGAACUGGAUGCUCAAGCACAUACUCAGAGAGCCGCGCCCAUGUGCAGGGGCUCACUCCAUGCUGAACACGGAUUACGGGAUGCCCUCCAAUCAUUCCCAGCUCAUCUGGUUCUUUGUCGUUUACUUCUUUCUUUUCCUUUAUUUAAGAAUGCAUCAGACCAACAACGCUCGGUGCGUGGACCUGCUGUGGAGACACAUCCUGUCCAUCGUCCUGCUGGGCGUCGCCUUAGCAGUCUCGUACAGCAGGGUGUACCUGCUGUACCACACGUGGAGCCAGGUGGUCUACGGCGGCGUGGCGGGCAGCGCCAUCGGCAUGGUCUGGUUCUUCAUCACGCAGGAGCUGCUCACCCCGUUGUUCCCCAAAAUAGCGGCAUGGCCCGUGUCGGAAUACUUCCUGGUGCGCGACACCAGCCUGAUUCCCAACAUCUUGUGGUUCGAGUACACGGUGACCCGUUCGGAGGCCAGAAACAGACAACGAAAGCUCGGCACAAAACUCCAGUGAGCCCCUCGCGUGCAUUCUACAGAAAAACACUGGCGGACUUUGUGGACUCAGGUUGCCGGGUAGAAUUUUUUUUUUUUAAAAAGCGGGGAAGCGGCGGCAGUCAACUUGUACAAACCCCAGCUUGUCGACACACACACUCACGCACACACCUCUCGUCCUUGUACAGCUCAUCCAUGCAUGCCACACCGUGCAAGAGGGCAACUAUUUAAACAAUAGAUUAAAUAUUUGAACUAAAUGCACGCUGAUGGGUAACGUUGCUCCCAGGAGCCCAAAUGGAGGAUUUGCUCCGCCACAAAUCGUCAUACAGUCAUAGCAGCAUGUUUUUUUUUUUUUUUCAUAUUCUGACAGAGGCCUGAAUUUUUCUUAACGUCAGACAUUUGUGAUAUGUUAGAGAAAAAAAAAUGCACUUUGCGGGAAAAAAAAGAAGGAACUAAUUAAUAAUGAGCUAGUUAAAUGUUAAGAAACAUCCCUACUCUUUCCGUCAGUUGUCUCGGUCCUGCUAUGAUCGCGAUUAUUGCACGACUACAGGGGGGUUUGCGACGGAAUUGCGUUCCUACGGUGGUGACGUAACCCCAAUUUUUGGGAAUGCUAACCUUGCUUAAGUUAAUGCAGAAGUAAAGCUGUAAUUAUAGUUAAUAGUUGUGUGUAACAUACGAAAUACAGUGAACCCCCGUUUAUCGCAGGUGAUAUGUUCUAAACCCAUCUGCAAUUAGUGAAAAUCCACCAGUAACUUUUUAAUAGUUUUACCUCUCCCAUGGGAUUUAAACACAUUUAAACUAAUGAAACACACCUCAAACACAUUUAAACUAAUUAAAACACACCUAAACACAAAGUAUUAAGUAAGCACCUGUUCUCACUCUUUCACCUUCAAUACAUGGGAGACUAUUGUAUAAAAUCACUUUGAGGAAAGGAAAGGACUCGCACAGUUCACUGACUAAGAGUCAAGGAGUGCUUGCUUCAAGCUGUUUAUUUGUCACUCCCAAUUCAAGUUUACAGUAAAAUACACAUAAAACAAGACAAUUAAACAUUGCAUAUUUAAACACAAAAAUGUAAUAUUGUCGAGCGCAAGUCUCUUAGCUCAACGAUAAAACAUAAUCUGAAGUGCCAUAGACAGGCUAACGGAAAUUAGCAUCGUUGUUAGGCGGGUUGUAAACCUUCAAACAACUGCUCCUUUGAGACACACGGAGCAGCAAAGCAUUCAAACAACAAUAGCCAUGGGUAUAUAUAAUAUAAUAUUCUCUUUUCUCCUUGGGAACAACUAAUAUUGCUGCAUAUUCUCCAGUAGACCUCAGUGCUGUCAUGUUGUGGAACAACGUGGUACUACACUGAAGGCGCCUAGCUCGAAAUUUGGACUUGCCCGAAUCCUGUAAAAACCAUAAAUAAUGGUUGUUUACAAAUCCGCGAUCUAGCAAGGAACUGUGUAUCGCAUGUUGAAACUGUCAAGUCGGUGUUGCAAAUCUUUUCUCUCUUGCCUUACUGGGAUAAAUAAAGGUUAGAUUAAAAAAAAUAAAAAUAAAAAAUUGUAAACUGAGGCCGCCUUGUAUUGGAACAGUUCAACACAGCCUUUUUCAGUGUUGUUUGUUUUGGGGGAUGAUUUCUCACUUUAGCAGGUAAAAUGCAUGCUCGAUAGGGUUUAAGUAGGGGGAAAAUGGACUGGGUCUCUGUCAGUUGUUGUUUUAACGCACGUACAGCGAGACCGUCCUAAACCUUGGACCCCUCUGCAGUCAUCGUCUUUUACUACUCAUCCAUCACCUGGAUGAAAAAUUUGAGUAUAUUUGAAGAAAUCAGUUUCAUUUCAUCAUACUUUCUGGAUUUUGCGGAAACCUUCCAUGGGAAUGAAUGGCAAUGAUAUAAAUGGUUAUUUUUGCACACAAUAAUAUAUACAAACAUGAAAAUGUGAGGGCGGGGGGGGGAGAUACUUUUUUUUUUUUAAAUGUUUUAUUUUUUUUAAUAUCCCCUCCCACUUUUCAAUGUAUUUGCUGAUAUUUGUUUACUUAUUACGUUUUAAUACAAGAAAUGAAAUGUAUAGGUGCAUCUCAGUGAAUUUCAGUAUCAGGGCGACAUGUUUUUAUUUCAGGGGUUCAAUUCAAAAAGUGAGACUUUUAUUGUAUAGACUCACUACACACAGUGGCAUUUAUUUUUAAAACUUUAUUAUAGCUUACAACUAACAAAAAUGUAACAUUUUCCAACUCAAGAAAUUCAAAUAUUACAUCAGCAGUCAAUGUUUUUUCAUAUUGAAAUUAUGUGAGAAUUGCCCUCCUAAAAAGUAUUUCCCAUGUGUUAAUGAAUGUCAAAUUUACAAGUUUCACUUUUUAAACUGAGCUGCCGAAAUAAAGAAUGUUCUGAUUGAUUGCGAUGCACCAGCAUACAUAUUGAUAGUCGGCAUUUUUCGGUUCCCUUCUUUGACAAAUUUGGCAGUUUAUUCCGGUGAAUUUAUUUCCUUGUAAAGUUUCCACUCCCUGGAAUGUUGUCACUUUUACUCUUCUUUGUGUGAACGUUUGUGUGUAAAUCCACGUUUACGGAAAAGCAGGUCAUUUGUGGACCAAGGUGUUUUUUAAUUGUUAUGCCUCAUUCACGUGGUAGCAGCCCGGGAAAAGAAUUCUGGGAACUUUUCUUUUUUUUUUUUUUUUUUUUUUUUUUUUUAAACGAUUAUUUUCUUGUUCUGGUUUGCUUUAUUUUUUAUUUUAUUUACAUUUCCAAGACAACAUUCCUUGUCUUUUUAAUGAGCGAGCGUGCAUCGUGAAUGCCGAUGUACUUUUCCUUGCUUUUGUCAUCAUUUUUGCAGAAAGGGAAAAUAAUAAUAAUAAAAAAAAAAAAAAAAAGUACAUAAAGUUGGUGGUAGCAUGUGAUGUGGAAUUCCUUGGGUGGAGUUCCUGUGUACUGGGGAUCAAAGUGUCAUCAUCAGAAUCAAAAAGGGAAGUAGAAUUUCUUUUCCUAUGUCUAUUCUAUAUCAGGCUGAAUAAACGCGUUUAUGUACAAAGUCGA